CUUGUCGGCUCUUACGAGGCCCUGCGUGGUGGUUCCACUGCUGAGGCGAUGGAGGACUUCACGGGCGGGCUGACCGAACUCAUUGAGCUGGGCGAAAAGUCUCCUCCCAGCCUGUUCGACAUUAUGCUGCGGGCUCACUCACGAUGCUCCCUCAUGGCAUGCUCGAUCGACGCCACUCCUCAGCAGGUCGAGACGGAAGGCCCGAUGGGUUUGAUCCUCGGGCAUGCCUAUUCGGUCACUGACGUGCGCACGAUUUGA